ACCAGUCCCGGAUAUUUCAAAAGCGCCAGGCGUGCCGUGCUGAUCGCCGAUCCGUGGGGAAAGAGGCGGAGAGUGAGGAGGGAGGAGAGAGCAAAUCAUCGCCAGCGAGGAGAGAUUCAAACACAAACAACUGGAUGGGCACCUUCCCCUCGCCGGACACCCGCUCCCCCGCCCAGCCGCCACAGGCCGCAAGCCGCCGCCUCCUGCUCGCCUAGUCGCGUCUACCGGCUGCCAGCCCGACCGCCCGCGCCUUUCCCGCUCUUUCCCCGACACCUCGCCGAGGCCCGCAGCAGCAUGUCCCGCUCCAACAGGCAGAGGGAGUACAAGUGCGGGGACCUAGUGUUCGCCAAGAUGAAGGGCUACCCCCACUGGCCGGCCCGGAUUGAUGAAGUCCCGGAAACAGCCGCAAAGUCCUCUCCCAAUAAGUAUCAAGUGUUCUUCUUUGGGACCCAUGAAACAGCAUACCUCGGUCCCAAAGACAUCUUUCCAUACGAAGAGACGAAGGAGAAGUUUGGAAAAGCAAACAAGAGGAAAGGGUUCAGCGAGGGACUCUGGGAGAUUGAGAACAACCCACAGGUGAAAGCGUCUGGAUACCAGCCUUCAGGGAAGAAGAGUGCUACCCCCAAAGCUGCAGGCCGUGCUGGAACUAAAGAUGGGAAAAAGCAGAAGCCCAAGAAAAGCUCAGAAGCAGAUGAAAACGCAGAUGAGGAGGAGGAGGAAGACGAUGACGAUGAUGAUGUGAAGUCUGAGGCUGACGGUGAGAAGAAGGGGACAGCCGACGGCAGCAGUGAUGAAGAGGGGAAAUUAGUGAUUGAUGAGCAAUCGAAGGAGAAAGGUGAAAAGGCGUCUGCCAAGCGGAAAGCAGAGGAUGCUCCGGAGAGUUCCCCCAAGAGAGCUAAGGGAGAAGGCGAUAAGGAAACCGAAAAAAUUGAAAAUAAGGAAUCUGCAAUAGAAGCCGCCGAGCAGAAAGCUGAGGCAAAGAAAGAUGACAAGCCCGCCGAGACAAAAGAGCGAACAGGGGAGGAAAAGGCAGAGGAGAAAACGGUGCUAGAAGAAAGCAGUGAUAAGGAGGAGAGCUAAAAUGAGUUUCUCCUUCGUGACUGGGCAGAAUCCUGAUCUUUUUGCUUUUACUGGGAGACGUGGGUGCUUUUUAAAGAAAAAUACUUUGAAAAAAAUAAAUAAAAAUGGGGAAUAAAAACA